AUGAAUGCCCGGUCCCAGUCGUUCCACUACGCCGUCGAGAUGGGCCAGGCCGAAGAAGUCUGCCUGGCCAUGUUCCACACGCUGUUGUUGCACAGGACGCAGGGCAAGAUCCACUUUCGCCAGGGUUCCACGCGGAGUAUUGGCGCCCUGGGGUUUCAAGACGUGGACUGUGACCUCAUCGACUUCACCUACGUUAGGUGUGCGAGUCCGAUGCUGUGUGACAGAGUCAGUGGAUCCGUUCGGUGCUUCGUGGACGACAUGCAGAGGUCUGGAGCCAAGUGUGGCCAGAUUUCGCUCGAGUUUUACAAGAAGAAUAAGAGUAGUUUCUGGAACCCGGACUCGAUUCCGUGGGAGGUGUGGACCGUACGUCUCACCGUUUCUAGUUUCACGACGGAAAACGACCGUCAGUUGUGUAGAGAGGAGUUGAGCGAGUUGCUGGCGGACGGGGUGUUGAACGUGGCGGAAAGCAUAAGCCGGAGUGAUUUGUACGUGCCGACCUAUUCUACCGCCGAUGACCUGGAAUUAUUUUUCGAAACCGGGUUCCCGGACGUUCAGCCCUUCCUGUUCCGCAUCAUGCACCGGACGGACGAGACGGGAAAGCCCUCCAUGUCGUCGGCCAUGUUUGUCAGCCCAAGGUUGAAACUGCGACAUCAACCCGGAAAAGGCGAUCCAUUUGCGGAACUCAGAAUCACGGACGAUUCUUUUCUGGGCGAAAUUUCGUCCAGGUCUGAGUGCGACGAGUGUCUUAAAUCCCGGCGUUACUUCUGUUAUUCCUGUCGCACCGCAUUACCAUGCAUUCGCGGAAGAGUCCCAAAAGUUAAUUUACCUCUUGAUGUUCAUAUUGUGAAGCAUCCCGGCGAAAUUGAUGGUAAAUCCACUGCUAUUCAUGCUGCUGUGAUCGCUCCGGAAAACGUUAGGAUUUUCACUUACCCGGAUUUCCCGGAUUAUGAGGAUGACGGCAGUGUUGUGGUUGUGUUUCCGAGGAAACCCGGAGAUAUAAUGGAGGAAGAAAGUGUACCCGUGGGGGAUUUGCUGUGUUUGGAUCCUCCUGAAAAUGACGAUAUCGUGGAAACGCACGAAAAUCCUGGUGAAAUUAAUGCUGAUGUCAACGGGAUUUCACAGGCGGAAAAUGAGGAACCUUCAGGGUCUUUAAAUCCAUCAUGUGACCAGACGUUGAAACCUUCAAGAAGUCGCAGUUUGGGAGAUCAACACUGCCGCGAAGCCCUGAGUGUGGAAAACGAGCUUUUGCGAACUGAAAUCGACGGUUGGCGUCUCAAAUUCGCCGAUUUGGAAAGCAAAACGCAGGCUCAGUUUUCCUUGCUUGAAAACGACUUGAUGGCCCGCAUAGCUGGUCUCGAAACGGAGAAGAGAAAGAACUUGGAAAGUAGUCAUGCGUUGCAGAAGCAGUUUGCAGCAAGAAGGAAGAUUUUGCAGUCGAAAAUACGAAAUAACAUCUCGGUUUUGCGCGGGAAGCUGGACGGUGUUGCCGAACGGAUCGGGAAGAUUCCUGUGGAAUCUGCAGAGACAAAAAAUUUGUUGGAUGCCGUUGCUAAAAAAUUUGCCGCCGAGUUUGAGUCUUUCCAGACAGAGGUCGCUGCUAGGGAAGCUGAACUUGAGGCGAAAAAUUCUGCUCUGCUGUCGGAAAUGAGCGGCAUGAACACAGUCAUCAAACAACGCGGAGAGCGCCUAACUCAAUUGGAGGCCAAAGAAGAAGAGCUGCAAGCUGAGAUUUCGAGGUUGCGAGCGGAUCGAUCGACACGAGUCGACUGUAGCGUGUCGGUGCAAACGACGGAGACUCGUCAUGGGAUGACGGAACCGGAAGAGAGAACGGAAACCGGAAGCACGGCCACGUCAGAGAUCUCCGAGAAGGACCAGGCUGCGAGAAUGCGAGAAGUUGACGCCUCGUUGGAAGAGUACACGCAAAAACUGAAGCUGAUGGCGAUUCGGCAGAAGAAGAAAAUUGUUGAAUUGGAGGCCGAGAGGCGGACUCUGGUGGCUGAGGCGGAAAAGACUAAGAGUACUCAGGCCAUGAAAUUCCAAGCGGAAAUGGACAAGCUACAAGAUGCAUUGGAUUCGAAAACAGACGAACUGAAAUCCAUUCGAAAGGAUUUUGAAAACGCUGCUAAUAGGAUUUCAACAGAUUCCAAGGCUUUAGCAGAAGCUUUGGAGUUGAAGGACAAACUAUCUGCGGAAUUGAACUCCCUGGUGAAGAUCGAGGGCCAGUUGACCAAAGAAAAGAAGGAGUUGGAGGCGAAGUUGCUUGUUGCUGAUCAAACAGCUUCGGAAAGGGGAAAAGCUUUGGAUUUGAAAACGUCUGAGCUGGACUCUGCAUUGAGAAAACUGAGUGACUCAGAAAUCAAAGCUUUCAAACUCGAGGAAACCGUCAAGGCGAUCGAGAAAGACGGCGACCAAGCGAAAAUCAUGAGAUCUCAAGUGGAAGACCUGGAGAAAACCGUGUCGGACCUGACUAGAAAGUUGGACGAGAGUAAAGAUGCAGCUGUGGUGAUGGAGUCUGCUUUGAAGAAGGCCGGCAUGGAACUCAAAACUGCUACUUCGAAUUUAACCAAGGAAAAGGAGAAAUGUAACAAUUUCCAGGAUACAGUUGCGAAAUUAAAAGCCGAACUGCGGGAAAGUUUGAGACUUGAGGGUGAAUUGAGGAAUUCCAAAUCUCAGCUGACUGCAGAGCUCGAAGAGUUGAUGCGAAUGAACGAGUCCCUCAAGAGGGAAAUGAACUCUGUGCACUUGGAUGCCGAGGAAGUGAAGGAAAUGGCUCGUCAGCGCGAAUCCGAACUGGAAAGCGAACUCGCUGUCCUCAAGGACUCGUCUGAGACCUGGAAACUAGAGCUGGAAACCGCCCGAAAAUCCCUUCACACCCUCACCACGGAAUACGAGUCCUACAAAACCCGCGCCAAAUCCGUCCUCCGCCAACACAAGCAACUUAAGGAAGAUCUCCAACGUCGGGACGCCGCAGAAGAAUCUUCACAGGCUCAAGAACGCGAGCGAAUACAGACGGAGUUUCUGGAAAAGAUGGAGUCUUUGUCCAGGGAGAAGCGAUUGUCAGAGGCCGUGUUGAACCAGUUGAGUGUGGAAAAGGCGGAUCUAGCUUUACUUCUAACUACGAAAGACGCCGAGUUGAUGGCCUUGUCGGAGACGAAGGCGGAUCUCCAGUCUCGGCUCUGCAUCGCAGAAGACGCAGUGCGCAGCUUGGACGCGUCGCUGCAAGAAGAGCGCUUGAGCAAGAAGCUCAUGCUGGACGCCAUGACAGUGCCGCCGACCGAGAGCCAGAGUCCAGUCACAGAGCAGAUGCUGCAGCAGCAACAGCCGCCGCCUUUAGUAAUCGACAUGUCGACUGUGGAACGGGAAGAAGGCGAAGGAUCUGAAAGUGUGACGACGCCGUUCACGGAUCCCAAUACUCCCAUUUACAAAUUCAUCCACGGCGGCGUUUCCUCGCUUUCCGCGACGAGUCCCACAAAGUUGAUGCCUUUGGACCAGCUGCUGAAUUCCAAUGAGGCGGAGUAUGACAAGUUUUCCGGGAGGAGGAGAAGAGAGUCGAAUCCGACUGGUGACACGAUGAAACGGUUUGAGGAGCAGGAGGAGUUGGUGAGGGAAUUGAAGGUGUCGAAUGCGGAGUUGCGGAAGAAGGCGAAUCAUUUGACGUCGCUGUUGAACGACUCUGAGGAGACGAAUGCCAAGUUGGCUGAGAUGACUGAGGUGUUGAAGGAGGAGAUUCGGAAGGAGCAGAGGAACCACGAGCGGCAGAAGCAUCUGGAGCAGACUGAGUACAUCAAGAAUGUUUUCUUCAAGUUUCUUACACUGAAAGCUGGGAAUGAAAGAGAGAGAUUGAUCCCUGUUCUGACAACGCUUCUGAAGUUGAGCCCUGCUGAGAAGAACUGCCUUGUGUCUGUGGCCAAAGGAAUUGAUCUGGAGGCAGUUCAGCAGGCAGGUUGGGGUUCAUAUUUAGGUUUGUGGAAGCAGUGAAGGAGUGAUGGGAUUGCGUAACUUAUUUUGCACUCGGCUGUGUACCUGUUUGUUUCAAGCUAUCGCUUCUUUUCUUUGAUCACAUGUUGACGUCUUAUUUUUUUUGUGGGUGAUAUGACGGUUGUUCGAUCAGCAAUGAAUUUGACCAAUGGAAAAAUGAAAUA